UUAAAAUCUUUUUAUUUCAGAGCCACUCAGCUCAGGACAUCCUUGGCCUUCAGCCCAGCUUCCAUUCCCCAGCCCCUCCCACUGGUUACACGCUGUUCUGGCAACUGGGACCUUUGGUUUCCCUUGACUGCGUUACUUCCUGGGAAUUUAUUAUUUUCUUUUGUUUGUCAAGAAAACCUCCCUAAACCCUUCCCUGUUCAUAUCCCUGUAGAAAUCACACUGCCUUCUCAUCAACUGUCUGUUUCUCACCACUAAAGCAAUCCUAGCCAGGGAAAGAUGGCCAGCCCAGAUGCUUACCUUCGGCAGGACUGGCAGAUGGUUUGCGGCGUUCCUAUGGUCUGCGCAUUCUCUUUUGACUGGGACAGGAUCGACAAUUUUCAGAGCAGGCCUGAUGAUAUUGUGAUCUCCACGUACCCAAAAUCUGGCACUACAUGGAUGAGUGAAAUUGUGGACAUGAUUCUGAAUGACAGCAACCCUGACAAAUGCAAACGGGAUGCAAUUUUCAAUAAAGUACCUAUGUUGGAAUUUGCUGCUCCCGGGAGGAUGACAUCAGGCACAGAACAGUUAGCUCAGAUGCCAUCUCCUCGCAUGGUGAAGACCCACCUCCCAGUCAACCUUCUUCCCAAGUCCUUCUGGGAAAAAGGCUGCAAGAUGAUCUAUGUGGCUCGCAAUGCAAAGGAUGUUGCUGUCUCCUUUUACCACUUCGACUUAAUGAACAAGCUACACCCUGAGCCAGGCCCCUGGGACAACUACCUGAAGAAAUUCAUGGCAGGAAGAAUGGCUUUUGGCUCCUGGUAUGACCACGUGAAAAGCUGGUGGGAUAAGAGGAAUGAUCACCCUAUGUUAUACCUGUUUUAUGAGGAUAUGAAAGAGGAUCCAAAACGUGAGAUAAAGAAAGUAAUACAUUUCUUAAGAAAGGACCUGGCAGAAUCAGUUGUGGAUAAGAUUGUCUACAACACCUCCUUUGAACAGAUGAAGGACAAUCCUGCCACAAACUACAGGAUGGCUCCAUCUGCUGUGAUGGAUCAUAGUAUCUCUCCAUUCAUGCGCAAAGGAAUUGCUGGAGACUGGAAGAAUCACUUUACAGUGGCUCAGAAUGAGACAUUUGAUGAAGAUUAUAAGAGGAAAAUGGCAGACACAACACUGCUAUUCCGAAUGGAGAUCUGAAGCUCCCUGUGUUUGUGAUGGAACUGCUGCUGUUCUGUAGUUCCAUACAGAACCUACCUGUCAUUUAGUAGAGAUUUUGGACUCUCGAGAGUGUCUGCUUUUAAUUAAAGAGAAAAAGCAAGCUGCUGACCAGGAUGGUUGUGGAAUAUGUCCGUAGCCCUCUCCUCUGCAUCAUUUCUCCUUACCUCACUUUCUGCCACAAUUCUGCUUCUAAGAGCAGCUUGGGAGAUAACUGGCUACAGGAGGGUUAAGCAGGCCCUUCCUUUGAUGUUCUCCCUGCUCUCAAUAGCAAGCUGCUCUUCAUUUUUAAAGAAGUCAGGGAAAGAAUAAUUCAAGGAACUUCCAAAUGUUAAAAAAGGCAUCCCAUCAUAUUUUAGGCAGAAAGCAUUAUUAUACAAAAAUUUAGUAUACAACAGACAUAUGUGGCAGCUUUUAGUCAUAUUUGAGAAUACUGUGUUGAUUUGGAUAAUGUAAUUUGAGUAGUUUGAUUUUUCUUGUUGCAAAAUCUAGUCUUUCCCCCCUCACAGAGUACUCAAGCAAUCCUAAUUAUGAACAGUUUUAUAAGUCAAUAUAAGUUUAUCUUUAGUUUCCUAGUACUUCACAUAAAUUGUUCCAGCGGCAAUGAUCAUGAGGAAGAAGAACUUAUCUUGUUUCCUUGGAACUGCUCCUUUAAGAUAGGUCAACAAACAACUCUAGAACAGAUGUCAGAUCAUUUAUUGAAUGUAAUUUUGAUAUUCAGAACUGUUGGCUUUAGCACAAGUUUCUUGGAAGUAAAAAUGUAUUCCAGGCUCAACACAUUGCGGAACAAAUCCUUUCUCAGCAGUAUAAAUAUACAAAUAACAUACAUGGGAAAUGAGAUUUGUUCCAAAACAUCUUUUCCUUUUUAUUUUACUUGUACAUUUAUAGUGCCCUUGAGGAAGGAACGUAAGUGCAGCCCUGCUAGAUCAGUCCAAAGGCCCACCUAGUCCAGCAUUCUGUCCUCACAGUGGCCAACUAGAUGCCUCUAAGUAGACAACAAGAGUGAUGUUCUUAAUUUCCCCACCUACUUGCUUCAUAUGAAUUUGCUGUUUGUCUGUUCUGACCAGCAGUGGCUUGCCAAGGUCACAGGUCCAAAAUGGAUGGGUAGGGCAACUGCAUCUAUGGCCCCAUCUGCACUGUACAUUUAAAGCAGUAUUAUACUACUUUAAACAGUCACAGCUUUCCCCAAGGAAUCCUGGGAACUGUAGUUUGUUAAGGAUGCUUAAGGGAGACAUGUUAAGAGACCACCAUUCCCCUCACUGAGCCACAGUUCCAGAGUACAGUAGGGCCCCACUUUACGGCGUUCCGCUUUAAGGCGUUCUGCUGAUGUGGCAGCUUUUGUUUUUAAUUUAAAAGCUAUUUUCUUCUCUUUUGUGACGUUUUGUGCCGUUUUGACGUCAUUUUAGCGCGACGCAGCCCAUUAAAGUCAAUGGGGUUCCGCUUUACGGUAUUUUCCGCUUUACGGUAUUUUCCGCUUUACGGCGGGGGUCCAGAACGGAACCCGCCGUAUAAGCGGGGCCCUACUGUAGUUUAACAGUCAAUCCCUUUUCUGAAGGAACUCUAGGAAUUGUAACUCUAUGAGGGGAAUAGGAGUCUCCUAACCUUAACAACGCUCACCACCCUUAACAAACUAGUUGCCAGGAUUAUUUGAGGGGAGCCAUGGCUUUUUAAAGUGGUAUAAUAUUGCUUUAAAUGUAUAGUGCAUAUCAGGCCUAUAUUAAACACAUAAUUGUCUCCUUCACAUGUAAAGCUAGGUUGGGGUCUAAUCCUCACAGAGAAGGCGAGGAGGGAAGCAAAGCUCACGCCACCACUGUACCUCUCUGUAGCUUUUAAGCACUCUUCCCCCACCCCUAGCUUGGCUUUAUGCUCAUCUACACAGGGGUUUAGUGUGUGUGUGUAUGUGCCCUGCGUCCAGCGGAAGCUCUGGGCCAGGCGGGACACAGUGGGAUCUCGUAGGGGACACCCUCGCCUUUCCUGGAGUAUAUGAUUUGUCCUGGCCCAGAGCAGAUUUUGGGGUGUGUACCCCCAGUUACUUAUUUUUUCCUGUAUGUUUUUGUCUGCUUUGGUUUUGGAUAGAUGCCCUCCUAUGUGCCCCGGACCCAGCAGAUGCUCUGGGCCAGGCAGGAUGCAGUGGCAUCUCGUAGGGGACACCCUCCCUUUUCCUGGAGUAUAUGAUUUGUCCUGGCCCAGAGCAGAUUUUGGGGUGUGUACCCCCAGUUACUUAUGAUUUAUGAUUUUAUGACAUCAUUAUGUAUUUAUGAUAAUAUCGGGAUCCUGAUGAUUUUGAUUGUAUAAAUUUAUUGUCAGUCUUGAUGGGGAGAGUCUCAUGAUUACAGUGAUAUAUCAUACAGGGUACCCCAUUAUAUAUUUUGGGGUUCAGGGGCAUAUUAAAUUCGGCUUGACGUUUCUGUAA